AUGUCUCGACGGGUGAAUAUACAGAGCACGAGUGGUCCACCGAGCGGUGGUGGAGGCACUGGUAGUAGGGUUGGUGGUGCUGGAAGUGGAGCCAAUGGAAGACAUGGGUCGUUGGCCGGAGGAAAUGCCGGCAACAGUGGGGGAAUGGGAGGAAGUGUCGGUGGAAGUGGAAUGGGAGGAGGCAGCUCAGGUGGAGUCGGGUCGAAAUAUGGUAAUUUUCUCACGUCUUCAUCAGGAGGCGGACCAAGACUUGGUAGUAGUGGAGGUAGCAGUGGAGGGUCGGGAGGGUUAAGUCAGGGUAGACAGCAUUUAAGUUCGUCAAUGUCAGCUCGAGAUAAUCUUUCUGAGCUGCGGUAUGUCCUGACAGAACCUACUGACGUAUAUCCAUUGCCUAAUGGAAACCAUUUACCUAAAAUCUACCCUGACUUCGAGCCUUGGAGACGGUCUAAAGAGGAAGACACAGUGGCUCUGGACUGUUUACAACGAGGGCAUCACGAACAACCGAAAGUAACAAAUGAAUCAGGGUCUGGUAAAGCGUCGAUGAUCCCAUUACUAAAACAAUGGACCAGUUUACCAGCCUUGUCGUUCUUCCUGGUGAAUGCAAUGGAAAUACGUGAACGCAACUGCCGUAUCUCAUCGAAUUGGACAUUCAAACCGCCUCCACGAGUAACAUUAACCGAUCAGAAGCGAGAAGCGUGGCUACGAGAUCUGGCUUCGCCAUCUGUACCAUUACGAAGAUUAUCAAGAACAAUUCCUCAUGGCAUUAGAAAUCGAAGUCUUUUAGAACACUGCUGCAAUAAGAGUAUUCCUAUCUCACGAGCAGUAUGGUUUGCACGGUGUGUAGGGGCCAAUGAACUGCGAGGUUUAAAGAGAAAAGGAAUGGGAAGUGGAGGGUCAUCUCAAGCUGCAGAAGCUGCUUGGAUCAGAGAUUGGUCAGAAGAGGUCGUUGGCUACAUUGAAAAGCUUAUUAAGGAGUUCCCAGCUGAUGCUACAGCCAGUUCAACUGCUACCAACAGUGCAAAUGUAAAUACGACAAGCAAUCCGGUUAAUGGAAGUAGAGGUACGACACCAGUAGCCAGUUCUCCUGCCUCAGGAAUCCCUCAACGCUCAACUCCAACACCUCGAGCAGGAACUCCACCAGUGGCAACGAGCACCGCAUCACUUUCACCUAGACAAGCUUGGAAAUUCAAGAUCGAAUAUAUGACCCGGUUAUCAGCAUAUCUUUUCUACGAACAAUUACUUGACAAGGACAUAUUUCUAAAAUGGACACUGAAGUUAUUACAUAAUGGAACGCCUGAGGAGCUACCGAUUGCACUAAUAUUUAUUCGAAUGCUUUGGAAAGAGCUGAUUUCCAACCGUAGUUAUUCUCAGCUGUUGGCUCUGGCCCUGCUUCACCAGUAUUCUACAAUCUCAAAAUUGAGUACCGAUUUAUCUCUGCAGAACGUUUUUAAAGAACUUCUUGGCAAGAUUGCAAAAUAUGCGAAAGAGUUGUUGCUCAUAUCGAGUGACUCGUUUGUUAUGCCCAAAAAUUGGCGAAUACUGGGUCCCGUAUUGAGUGAAGUAGCAAAGCCUAGUAGCGGGGCCAAUAAUGGACGUACCAGUGACACUGGUGUGGUUAGCAAUAGUAUCAACAGUAGCAGUGCAAGAGAUGACUCUGAUAUUUAUAGUCUGCUGGAAACUAUCCGAAUAAGAAACGAAUCCUUAUUAGUAGGAGGGUCACCAAUGGCAAGAGCUUCACGAAGCGGCAAAGCAGUUUUUAUUAGAAAACUGGAUGGUCUGACGGCCCCGUAUAAGUUUGAUUCUGUGUCAGCAGAUUUGAUGGUGAGUCGUCUGACACGACAAGAAAUCCUGAAUACUUUGUUUACCUGGGCAACAACGCGAAGCAGGAUAGGUCGCGAGCGGAUAUUUAUUUGUCUAGGAUUAUGCAUUCAAUGGAAACAGCGUCAUGAUUGGGAAAUUUCACCAAGUUUUUUGUCGUUCCUAAUUGGCAUUAGCAAUGUCGACUGCUAUGAUAUGGAUAACGUGUACGAUUUAGUAGCCGAGUUUGUGGACCACGGGCUUGUCAGUCUGGGAGGCUACUUUCGACAAGUUAUUUCGUCGGGUAUUCUCUUUGUGAGUAGGCUUCAAGCACGUGCCAAUACCCAGAUGCUAAUUCUGAACAAUUUGCCCCUCGUAGACAAGACCGACUCAUAUGUUUCACAACAGAGGAUGUUGCUAAGUGGAUUACGCAAAGAAGGUAGUUCCUCUACGAUUAAUGCGCAAGACGACCUUGAGCAAACUAAAUCCAUGCUGCGUGAACGACUAAAAUUUCUAUUUACGACUAGCGAGAACCCUCAUGAGGAUGAAGAUGACAGCUCAAUUACUAAAGAGGAACUCUCGAUGCUAGAAGGGUUGCGUAAAGAGUCCAAGAUCGAAAUGAGUGACUAUCUCGUGGAGGCUUUUGACUCCAGCAUUUCGAAAGGGUAA